UGCUGCAGCCCGCGAGCAAGGAGGCCGACCCACGGAGGAGAACAGCUUCGUUUUCGGGAGACAGCCAUUCCAUGACAAGAUUUUCAGUGUACGAACUUCAGUCACCGACCAGGCGUGCUUCUCGGAGCGUCAGGGAGCGCUGAGAGGCGAUUUGUGCGAAAAUCCGUUCCGGGGGAACGCAGUUUUCCAGUUCUGUUUUCAAAUCGCUCGUUCGAAGCCGCCGGACCAGGAUGGAUCGCGACUGCAAUUGAUAGCCGUGGCCGGUGAGAAUUUUCGUCGUCACUGAAGUCGAGAUCGUAUCCGAGAGUGCAUUCAUAAACCAUGGAGGAUUUCGCGUGUCCGUCCUCGGAAAAUGUGUCACCCAUCACAGACCUCUCCCGAAACCUCACGACGUUACGAACGUUGGGUGAUACGUGGGUGGGCACUCCGCAAAUGCCCUCGGCGCUCAAAAAGGCCGCCAACGCCACUCCUGAUACCGCGGGAAGUUUCCGCCUCAAAACGAGUUUCACCCCUGGUUCCGACUGCGGCUCGGAAAGCGAAGCGGAACCGUCGCCAUUAACUGUCAAUCUCCAUCGGCGGGUUAUUUUGGCCCAAGUGAACAAAUCCAUCAACCACGAAUCGCCAUUCUUUAUUAAUCGGGUGACUCCCUCGUCGUCGAGCCGGAGAUUUUUCAAACGUCCGAGCCUGGAGCUGAAGGGUGGUGAAGAAGAGAGCUCUCUACGGAAAAACUCCUCCCAGGGCUACUGCUCUUCAACGUCCGACGGCUUCGCUUUGGACGAAGUGGGUCUCGACGAAGACGACAACGCCAACAAGGAGAACAGGGAGCCGGCGGAUGCGGCUCUGGCUUCACUCCUUUCAGCACCGAUCAACGUGCCCGUAAAGGAUCUCUGCAGUCGGAGGGUGGGACCUUCCGCGCGUCGGAAUUUGUCGUUCAACGCUGGCGGCUAUAACAACGAGACUCCGAUCAAGUCGAAGCGGUCUGACGAUGAUGAUCGGAAUACGAAACGGACACGACUCUGCCUCGCCGAGCGGACGAAUAUGCCGAAGAUUCCGAAAUUCUACAGCGAGUCCAAUAUCGAUCGCGAAGCCGCUGAAGAUGUGAUCGAUAAAGGCGCCGUAGAGAUUCUUCCGACUAUUGGUGCCCAUAAACGGUGUGCUCUGCCGACGAUAUCCGUACAGACGUUAUGCGAUAUCCUCAAUGGCAAGUUCGACCAAGUCGUCAACUCGUUCGAAAUCAUCGACUGCCGGUGGCCCUAUGAGUUUGACGGUGGGCACAUCCGAGGCGCGAAGAAUCUCUACACUCAGGAACAAAUAUUCAAGGAGUACCUCGAGAACAAUCACGAGGAGAGCUCGGAAAACAGUGACGAGCUCGUUCCGUCCACGUCUCGCAGCAAAAAGAGAGACAUUCUCAUAUUUCAUUGUGAAUUCUCCUCGGAGAGAGGUCCGAAAAUGUCUCAAUACCUGCGCGAGAAAGAUCGUGAGACCAACGUGUAUCCGAAACUCCAUUAUCCAGAAGUAUAUAUUUUGAAAGGUGGCUACAAGGAAUUCUUUGACUCGUUUAGGGAGCUCUGUGUACCUCAGGAAUACAUGAAGAUGGUUGACGAGCGGCACACGGAUGAAUGCCGUCUCUACAGAUCUCAGAGUAAAAGUUUCGAGAAAAAGAGCUUCUCUAGGAAUCAGAGCAGUCGAUUUUGAAGGGUGGGCAUUCAUUUUGGAGGCUCUGAAUUGGUCUGAUUGCGAGGAGUAGAUUUAGAAAAGCUUAGAGAGAGGAUUGACAAUGGACCUACGGAGAGUUCGCGAGAGGAAAAGCGUGAGCGUGCAAAUAGAAGAGCAAAAGUGCUAGUAGACAAUGUCGGUUGUAGCGUGACAAAUAAUUGAGUGUUCGGGACAGUUUAUAAUUAUGUUGCUGCCGGAAAAUCAGAUGACAUCUUUGUGGGAAGGUUUGUGUAUUUUCAUUCAUGGUACACCCUAUGAGGUACAUAGGUAUACCGUAGGCUUUAAAAAUGACUUGUCAAACAAAUCAAAAUAAACAUGAGUCAGAGAAUUCGA